AUGGUGUUUCCGAUUUUCAUAAUUAUUGGUCUAUUAACUCAAGUUCUAUGUCAAGACGCAGCAUUGAACUCUUCUGAUGGUAUUGUUAUACAUCAAGUAGAAGUACAAACAAGUAGCAUUGGUCGUAUUAAAUAUGAAGAUGGUGAAGUAAUUCUUUAUCAAAAUCAACGCAAGCCAACUGAUAUAUUUUUCACUCCAUUUCCUCGUGUCAAUCCUGUGAAUAGUGAAUGUAAUGAGAACAUACUAAGUGGACAUAUCGAAUUGAGUCUUUCUGUCGAACUUUAUACUUCUCUACUUAUUCAAGUUAUUCAAAGUUACAUGAAGCAAUAUUUUCCCCAGCUAUGCAACGAGAAUUCAACAUGCGAUGCUUCUCUACUACCAAUGAGUGCUAUUCGUCUUGUUCAAAAAGGUCUUCGAACAGACAAGAGUCGACAAAUGUACACAAUCAAUGAUGAAUGGCGUUCAAAUACUCUUCUCCUUCAAUCAAUCGAGUUCGUUAUAUAUACCGUGAAUCAAAGUGUUUGUGAACAUCUUCGUUCAUCAAUUGUUAAGCAAUGUUAUCUAUCUAAUUUCGAAAUACACUAUUCUCUUCAUUCAGAGAAGACAGUCGAACGACAAGUGGAGAUUAAUACUGAACAAAUUACUGGAACAUCUAUGUAUAAUCGAAUUCUAUCUCAGUUCCCACGAUCGGAUACGAUAGCACUCAGUGGUGGUGAUUUCAAACAAUUGAUCAGUGAAGUUUCUGACAAAAUUACUAUGAAAUUACGUGUUCAAGAAGGCUUCGACAGUCAACUGCAAGAUCCAAUUGCUCUUGAUAAAGUACUUGAACGACAACUACAAUUGAAACAGGUUCAUUUGAAGAAAGCAGAUGAUCAACUCUGGAACUCACUCUAUUGGACACAGGAUCUAACUCGACCAGAUCGCUUGGCUAAAGCAAUCAAUACAAUCGUUCGUAAAGACUCAACUGAUAGUAAUCAUUUUCUCUAUGACAGUCAAGCUGCUAAGAACAUUCAUAAACUUGGUUUGACUCAGCAUGAUAUUGAUCGAUUAGAACAAUUUGAUAAAUUAUUGGCUACUCAUGCACAUAAAAAGUCAUCGUCUGGAUCUGGAACGAGUCAUUCUGGAGGUGGAGGUAGUUUACACGUUUUUGGAAGAUUUAAAAUUGGUGGUAGUGGCAGUAGUAGUAGUCAAUCCCAAUCACAUCAGUUUGAAGAUGAUCAAAAAGUGACUGACUCGAUACAUGACAAGAAAAACCACAGUAAUCAUUUGAACGUAACUAAUAUCGAGUCAAACAACGAUACACAAUAUGUGUUUUCUCGUGAUCAAGUCGAAAAGUAUUUAAGUGAACUAUCUGAUCAUAUUCAUCUAGAAGGUGAGAUCAUUCUUCCAAAACCUAUUAAUGCUCAUAUACUGAAGUUGAGUACACUUCGAUCUGAAACAAAACUUCUUUCACAUACUGUUCUCGUUCGUACUCGAAGCAACGUUCAUGUUCUACCUCUACGGUGUCCAUCGAAGGAAACUAAAGCUUCAACUAGUAAUACGAUGAAUCAAUAUCGUUGGCUUGAUGACAAAGUUGAACAGCUAAAAACAACUAUUGAAAAACUAACUAAUAAAUUAUCUGAAUUAAAUAAUCAGAUGUCAGAACGUAUCACCCAAGUUCAACAACAAUGUACAAAUCAAGUAUCUGAAGUACAGAAAAAGUGGAUGAAUAAAGUAAAUACUUCUCUUCAAUGUGAAAACAAUAUUAUUGCAAUCAAAAAUACAAUGAGUCAAGAAUACAAGAAAUUAAAAAAACAAAUUACUUCAAUUCAGCAGAUGGCCAUUCGAGGUAAAGAAUUCAUUAGGAUGAUUAAAACUAAAACAUGUUUCGAAUGCAAAUAA